UGCUUAUGCAGUCUUUCUCCGGCCAUUGUUCUCAGAGAAUAUUGCUAUCCCUUAGAUUUCAGCUUCACAGAGCUUCAACCGAGCUCUGUUAUCUAUCGACGAACGUGUGCAUCAAAGGUGAACUGGCCUAUCGAUGAUCAAGCCGGUCCAUAAGGUCAACUUCGCGUCAACAAAAUCUUCCUCCAUACCACCAUUAUCGCAAUGGCCGUCACAGAGCUCACCUCUUCCGACCUUCAAAGUAUUCUUCAAUUCACAGUCGAUCUUGCACAUUCUGCCGGCAAGAUUAUCUUGGACGGAAGUGUAGCCAUUCAGAACGCGGGCUCGAACGUCGACGAGAAGAAAAAUUCCGUGGAUCUGGUUACUGAGUACGACGUCAAGGUAGAAGAGCUUGUGAAGAAGGAGAUUGCUGCGAAGUAUCCUGCUUUCAAGUUCAUUGGAGAAGAGUCAUAUGCAGCUGGAUCGCGUUCACCGCUUACAGAUGACCCGACUUUCUGCGUCGAUCCUAUCGAUGGCACUACCAACUUCGUUCAUGGAUUCCCCUGGGUUUGCAUCUCCCUUGGACUUAUUUACAAGCGAAGGCCAGUCUUGGGUGUCAUCUUCAACCCUUUCCUCAACUUCUUGUACACUGGCAUCAAGAACCAAGGCUCCUACUUGUCUCAAAAUGGAGGUCCACCUCUGAAACUUCCGCUCGCAAAGUCCCCGAAACCUCUUGCAACCUUGAAUCACGCCCAGAUAGCUGUGGAAUGGGGUAGCGACAGAUCGUUGUCUUCCCUCACGAAACGAUCUGGCUCAUUCCAUCGACUUGCGGGUGAUCCGUCGUCGGGCGUCGUUAAAGGCCGUAUGGUGCACUCUAUACGUUCCUUAGGAAGCUCAGCGCUCAAUUUCGCCAUGGUGGCACAAGGUGGCUUAGAUAUCUAUUGGGAAAUUGGAUGCUGGGCAUGGGAUGUCUGUGCAGGUUCCCUUAUCGCUCAAGAGGCCGGUUGUACCGUAUCAGGCUCUCACGCCGUCUUCGAAGCGACGAAAUCAACACCAGAAUUCGGGCAAAUGACGGAGGAAAUUUUGACUGGGAGGAAAUAUAUCGUUAUCCGCGCUAUUGGGGACACAGAGUUGGAGAAGGGAGCCGAUGCACAAAAGAGGAUUAUUGAAGAAUUUUAUAGUACAGCGGAAGACUACAAUGUUUCCUAGUUCAAACCGCCCAGAAUGUUCAAAACGCCAUAGAAGAAACUAGAAGAGAUAAAUUUGCACAUUUUCGAGGCUAUCACCUACAUCACAUUCACUAUAAACA